GCGCGCCCCCGCCCCCCCCCCCGUUGCUCGGAGCCGCCGGCGCAACCCCCCGGGGGGGGCCGGACCGGCGGCGGGGGGGGGGGGGGACCCGGAGCAUCCCCGAGCCCCCGCCAUGGGGGAGAGGAAGGACCCGGACGGCGCUUACGGGACGCCGCAGAAAUAUGACCCGAAGUUCAAAGGUCCCAUCUACGACAGGGGCUGCACCGAUGUGGCCUGCUGCAUCCUCCUGGUCCUCGCCAUCGUGGGCUAUGUCGUGGUGGGCGUUGUGGCGUGGACGCACGGGGACCCGCGGAAGGUGAUCUACCCCACCGACAGCCGCGGGCAGUUCUGCGGUCAUCAGGGAACGGCCAACAAGGACAAGCCUUUCCUCUUCUACUUCGACAUCGUGAAGUGUGCCAGCCCGCUGGUGCUGCUGGAGUUUCAGUGCCCGACCACUCAGAUCUGCGUGAGCAAAUGUCCGGACCGGUACAUGACCUACCUGGGUGCCUACAGCUCCCGCGUGCCCGCCGACCUGCAGUACUACAAGCAGUUCUGCGUGCCCGAAUUCGGGGACCUGAGCAAGGCUCCCAUCGAGGUGCUGAAGGACAAGGAGUGCCCGGCCAUGCUCAUCCCCAGCACCCCACUGGCCCGCCGCUGCCUCCCGGCCAUCCAGGCCAAGAAGGGCGUCAUCAUGGUGGGGAACGAGACCACCUACGACGACGGGCGCGGGGGCCGCAGGAACGUCACCGAGCUGCUCGAGGGGGCCAGAAAAGCAAACGUGGUCCUGGAGAUGAGGCAGCUGGCCAUGAAGAUCUUUGAGGACUACACGGUCUCCUGGUACUGGAUCAUAAUAGGCCUGGUGAUCGCAAUGGUGGCCAGCUUGAUCUUCAUUGUCCUGCUCCGCUUCCUGGCCGGGAUCAUGGUCUGGGUGAUGAUCGUGCUGGUGAUCCUGGUGCUGGGCUAUGGAAUCUUCCACUGUUACAUGGAGUACGCCAAGCUGAAGGGGGAAGCUGGUUCCGACGUCUCCCUGAAGGACCUCGGGUUUCAGACUGACCUGCGCGUCUACCUCCACCUGCGGCAGACGUGGCUGGCGUUCAUGAUCAUCCUGUGCGUGGUGGAGGUGAUCAUCAUCCUGCUGCUCAUCUUCCUCCGCAAGAGGAUCCUCAUCGCCAUCGCGCUCAUCAAGGAGGCCAGCAGGGCUGUUGGCCACGUCAUGAUGUCGCUGCUGUUUCCGCUGUGCACCUUCUUCCUGCUGUGCCUCUGCAUCGCCUACUGGGCCAGCACAGCCGUCUUCCUCUCCACCUCCAACGAGGCGGUCUAUAAGGUGUUCAACGAGUCGGCGUGCCAGUUUUCUGGGCAGACCUGCAGCCCAGAGAAAUUCAACACGUCCAACGUCACCAAGCUGUGCCCCGACGCCCAGUGCCUCUUUGCGUUCUACGGGGGAGAGACGGCGUACCACAAGUACCUCAUCAUCCUCCAGUUCUUCAACGUCUUCAUGUUCUUCUGGCUUGCCAACUUCGUGAUCGCGCUGGGGCAGGUGACGCUGGCAGGCGCCUUCGCCUCGUACUACUGGGCCUUCAAGAAGCCUGACGACAUGCCCGCCUUCCCCCUCUUCUCCGCCUUCGGCCGCGCGCUCCGGUACCACACCGGCUCGCUCGCCUUUGGGUCGCUGAUCCUCGCCAUCGUCCAAGUCAUCAGGGUCAUCCUGGAGUACCUGGACCACAGGCUGAAAGCUGCGGAUAACAAGUUUGCCAAGUUCCUCUUGAGCUGCCUGAAGUGCUGCUUCUGGUGCCUGGAAAAAUUUAUCAAGUUCCUCAACAGAAACGCCUACAUCAUGAUUGCUGUUUAUGGCACCAACUUCUGCACCUCCGCCAGGAACGCCUUCUUCCUGCUGAUGAGGAACAUCAUUAGGGUGGCCGUCUUAGAUAAAGUCACCGAUUUCCUCUUCUUCCUCGGCAAACUCCUCAUUGUGGGCAGUGUUGGAAUCCUCGCCUUCUUUUUCUUCACCCAGCGCAUCAAGCUGGUCCAAGACACCGCGCCGCCCCUGAAUUACUACUGGGUUCCUAUUCUGACGGUGAUUGUGGGCUCCUACCUCAUUGCCCACGGGUUCUUCAGCGUCUAUGGCAUGUGCGUGGACACCCUCUUCCUCUGCUUCUUGGAAGACCUGGAGCGAAACGACGGCUCGGCCGAGAAGCCGUACUUCAUGUCUCCCGACCUGAAGAAGCUGCUGAAGAAGACGAACAAGGGCCAGCCGGAGGCGUAGAGCCCGCCGCGUCCUCCCCGCUCCUCCGUUUUUUCCCUUCCCGCGCCGGGAGCAAGGUUGCGGGGUUGCACCCGGCGCUCAGCACUGCUUGUCCCAGGAGAAAAUGCUGUCUCGAUGCACCCAAACCACCAGCAAGGCUCAGCGCAGAGCAGCGGGGAAGGGCUCAUUUCAGAGGGGACUGGGUGAUCCUUAACGAUCCGGCGCUAAUUGCCGGGGCUGCAGAACUUGGCACGGCUCAGCCCCUGCCCGUCCCACGUUGGGACGUUUCUGGCCAGAACCUGCUGGCGCUGAUAAAAGCAGCGUGGGACCGGCUCUGGCACGAGCACGAGGUGAAGUCCGGUCUUUAGGGGCAUCGAGCCAACAGCAAAGUGAGUUUUUUAAAGUAAAUGAGAAAUCCGACGACGCCGUCACGUUCAGGGCAGCCGUGCUCGGCUGCCUCGUAGCGCCUGGACAAACCCAGGCGUUGCAGUGACCGCCGAGCCAAGCAGCUGCCCUGGUGGUGGCUUUAAGCAGCUCUCUGGCUUGCUGCAGAUUUGCAGCCCACCCCCCCCCUAAAAAAAUAUUUGGUUGAAAUUGUUGGUUCCCACCUGGAGAGCCGAAACGUGCAGAAACAGCCUCGCUUCUCUUGCUGUCUUUCGAAGACGCUUUAGGGUUCUGCUUUGGGGUUUUGGUGGGUGCAGAUUAGAGAAGUAAUCACUUUAUGAAAUAAGCUCGUUAUUGCUCUUUUAACCAUGUGUGAAGGUGGAAGGAAAUCCCGGGUUGAAGGGGCCCAGCUCUCCGAGGGGGCCACGGACUGGGCCAGAUGGGCGUACUCUGUGCGGUUAUUUCAUCGCGAUGAAAGGGCUGACAGCUCCCACCCCAUCCUCUGAACAAAUCCUGCGUUAUGGUUUCCAAAACGUGGCAGCAAAGUGUCCCUAACACGCCAACAAAAUUAACCAGUGGUGCUUUGCCUGUGUGAUGAUCUAGGAAGACCCCCCCCCCCCCCACCCGUGGGCAUGGUAAAGGAGUAGUGUGUGUGUAUAUAUAUACAUAUAUAUCUUUUUUUUUUUUUUUUUUAGGUUUACAUUAGGUAAUUUUAAGCAAACCAAAUGCCAAACAGGUUGCCUUAUGUCCUGAGACACCACGGGGUUUUCUGGACUUUUAGCUAGCUGCUUUUUCUAAUCGGAAGGUGCAGACCUCUAGCAGCUUCCAUCAGAAAAACAAGGGAGGUUUUUGAGAAAUAGAUUGAAGGAGGUUAAAUAUCGCUGCCUCGGAGCAUUAAAACACAAAUAAAAUACCGAAGCUUCCUCUGAGCAGGUCACCGGAGCUACACGGCCCUGCUGCUGUGAAUGGCAACUGCAGGAGCCACGUGUGCCAAUUCCGAGGAGGCUUUGCCCAGGUGUGGUCACCUCCACGGAUUUUACCUGAUUGCGCUUUAUUCUGCUUUAAAAUACAUUCGCUGAGGUGUGAGGUGGAGAACUUAAACAGCUCCCGAAGCACAGGGCGGGCAGCAGGAGGUUUGUGGGGUUGCAGGCACCUCCUUCUCUUAAAAAUUGCAAAACUUCUUUAUUACAGCGGUUUAAAUUUGGUUAGCCACGUGUAACUGUAACUCGCGCCCAAGGGCAUAUUCUGCUUCUUUUAUACGUAUUUCUCAGUAAUCUUUAGAGCCCUGUAGUAUUUUUGUAAGAUACAAGAGAUGUUUUCUAUUUGCACUAUUAACAGCUUUGGGGGGGGGGGGGGGUUCUAUAUUUUGGUUUUAGCCGUUUCCCGGUGGUUUCAGUUCUCCAGCCGUCGCUGCGAUCCCUUCCCGUACCGCUGCAGGGACAGGUGUUGAAACAGUCGUGUGCUGAGGUGAUGCUAACUCGGGGGCAAAGCUUUAAAAAAUAAAUAAAUAAGGCAUUAAAGAGGAGAAUCGUCCUCUCAGUUCAGGAUAGGCGGUCAGUAGAUAAGUGGGAGCAAUCAUAGGAAUGUAUUAAUUUUACAGCUGCUGUAGCAGCCAUGAGAAAAUAAUUUCUGGGGCAUGAUUCUGGUCCUGAAUUACUUUUUCUCCUUUCCUUUGGCAUCCUUGCAUAGGUUUUGAGUUGUGUUUUUCCUUUUGUUUUUUUGUUUCUGUUUGAAGUUUAUGUAUAGAGGGCAAAUUCACGGCUUGCUCCUAGACGUCAGCUGUUAACUUUUCAUGCUUUGGUUGUGGAAAUGCUGUCCAAGGUAACAGGACCAUCAGUAACCGACAUUUAUUUGCAUCAACAUACGCCACGGAUUGUUAGGUCUGAAAAUACGAAGGUUGAAAAAGACUUGUUAAUGUAGCAAGAGGUGCUCUUUGCUUGGGACGUGGGGCUGGCUCCGCUGUGUUGUGUGAACUUGGGAUUCAAGGGGCAGAAUUUGGGGAUCCGAUUUAUUUCCUGCUGAGGAAAUGGUAUUCACGCCACAGCAGGGUUUUAGCGUCCAGAAAGGCUUCGCUUGAUGACUUCCACUGUUUCUUUCUGCAAGCGCGGGCUGAUGCCUGCACCUGGGAGGGCACCUCCUAUGCCUAAGCCACGUAUUUAAAAACAUCUUUAGGAAUAAUUGCGCUCUCUUCUGUCUUGCGAGAUGCUCCUUUUGCCCCUGUGAUCCACGCAUGCUCCUUGUUAUUCCCCGAAUCAUCCCAGGGCCCUGCUUAAAAGCUGCAGGGCUGAUGUCCUACACUCCCUUUCCUUUUAAACGUGUUUCUCUGAGGCAUUAAGUGCAGCUGCUGUGCACCGGGGCCCCUACGCAAGCACACACCUCCAGCUGGAACGUACGCACGUUUCCGAUGUCACGUGCGGCGGUUGUGUUGAUGUCAGCAUUCCAACCAGAAAUAAAGUGCCUAUUUGGACCUCA